AUGAGCAUCCGGGUGUUUUUCCUGAGUUACGGACUUGAGUAUAAAGGACUAACUGCGCAGAUGCAAGAAGCUUCUAGCAGACGCUCUGUGAAGCCAUUAGUUUAUGAUGCAGAACUCAAUGCCCCGAUUCGACCAGGCUUUACUCUUGACAUGGAAAGAAAAGUCCUUAGCAUUCCAAAGCAUUUUUCUCUUUCAAGUGCUGGAGCAAACUUUUAUAAGAUGACUGGCCUGGGUCCUUUGCCUCAAGCUCUUUAUAAUGGUGAACCCUUUAGCCAUGAAGAAAUGAAUAUUAAAGAACUAGAAAUGGCUGUUCUUCAAAAAAUGAUGGAUGCAUCUGAAUAUUUACAACAAGAAGUUUUAAUGGACACAUUAAAUGAUCAAACAGAGGCAAUUGAUUUUCUAAUGGAUAAGGAUAAUGUUGUGCCCCGUAUAAAUUCUUUGAUUUUGCACAGUAAAUAUCAGUACCUUAAUUUAAUAUCUACAUCAGUAACUGCUGAUGUUGAAGAUUUCUCUACUUUCUUUUUCUUGGAUUCACAAGAUAAGAGUGCUGUAAUUGCAAAGAACAUGUAUUAUUUGACCCCGGAAGAUGAUGAUGUAAUUUCUACAGUCACUUUCUGGAUUAUUGCUGAUUUUGAUAAGCCAUCUGGGAGAAAACUGCUUUAUAAUGCAUUAAAGCACAUGGAAACAAAUGAUUAUAGUCGUUGGGGGAUUAUUUAUAAUCCUUCAUCAAAAAUAAAUGAAGAGAACACAGCCAUUUCUAGAGGAAUUCUGGCAGCUUUUCUUACACAGAAAAACAGCUUUUUGAGAAGCUUUCUCAGGAAACUGGCAAAGGAAAACACUGCUACAGCUGUUUACUCUGGAGACAAAAUUAAAACAUUUCUUACUAAGGGGAUGGAUAAGAAUGCUUUUGAGAAAAAAUAUAAUACCGUUGGAGUGAAUAUUUUCCGAACUCACCAGUUGUUCUGUCAAGAUGUACUUAAAUUGCGUCCUGGGGAAAUGGGUAUUGUCAGCAAUGGCAAAUUCUUAGGACCGUUGAAUGAAGAUUUCUAUGCAGAAGAUUUUUAUUUGUUGGAAAAGAUAACAUUUAGUAGUUUAUUAGAGGAAAUUAUAGACAUUGUUGAAAAUAUGGAAAUCAACCCAAAGAACGUGAGUGACUUUGUUAUGAAAGUUGAUGCCCUUGUCUCGUCUUUGCCCAAGGGUAAAUCUCGGUAUGAUGUUACAUUUCUUAAAGAGAGUUACAGCAUUAUAAAAAUAAAUCCACAAGAGAAUGACGUGUUCUUUGAAGUCAUUGCUAUUGUUGAUCCAUUGACAAGAGAAGCACAGAAGAUGGCACAGUUAUUAGCCGUACUUGGCAAGAUUAUCAACAUGAAGAUAAAGUUGUUCAUGAACUGUAAGGGUAAGCUUUCAGAAGCCCCUUUAGAAAG